AUGUCAUUUGCGCUCGAUUGGAUAAUCGUCAAGUUGAGGGAUUCUCCUUAUGCCUAUGAUUUCUUUCAGUUUCACAUGACCCGGCUGGCGGGUCAUGCUGAUUCUACUCAAGAACAGAAGAAGCAGUUGAAAGAUUUGGGUUAUGAAAGCCAUCAUUCAUCUGUGAUCUUGCCUCAUGAUACGAAAGAAACUGCUAGUCUUACAGAUCUGUGCAAUGAAUCUCACCUAACUGAAGUGGAGUUUAUCAGCCUUCUACGGGAGCAGAUACCUCAGUACAAACUCAGGGCAGAUACGCUUACACAGUUUCGAGGGUACGUCGCUUGUAACGAUGUGGUAUCAACCGCCCAUUUUGGUGGACAUGAUGUGACAAUUGACCACGGGGCCGUCAACGUUUGGUGCAAUACGGACGGAAUCUGUUCGUUGACGUGA